CUGCACUCUGCAACUCUGCACUUGCUUCAUAAAAGGCACCGCCGCUUCCCACACCACAUCGGGCGAUGCUGCUGCUGCCUUCGUCGCAGUACUCAGAGAAGAACAGGCGGCACAUCUGGUCGGCUCAGGUCCCCCCCAUGGAUCUGGCAACCAGUGGAGCAGCCUCUGCGCGCGAGUCAUCCAAGGCCGUCGUCGUCGGCCGCAGGACGGGUAUCACGGCCUGCUCUCUGCUUCUGCUCUCGCUGCUCAUCUACGCCUGCCCGGGGCCACCCGAGCUGUUCUCGUCGACGGCGUUCCCCGUUCUCCAACACCCAUUCGAUGCGAGAAAAAGUGUCGAACGAGAUGAAUUGGGCAUCGCCUUGGAGGGAACUUCGAUGAAGAAUAAGACACUAAUAAUUGCCAUUUUAAAUAAAGCAUACAUUGGUGAAAAUGGCAUGUUGGAUCUCUUCCUGCUGAGCUUGCACCAAGGGGAAAACACUGAGUUCUUGAUCAAUUACCUCCUCCUCGUAGCAGUUGAUGAACUGGCCUUCAAUCGAUGUAAAGCAUUACAACUUCACUGCUAUCAUCUUGACUCUGAGGGUGUUAGUUUCUCCAAGGAGGCCUUUUACAUGUCUGGUAACUUUAUCAAGAUGAUGUGGAGAAGAACUCAAUUCCUUAGAGAAGUCCUGAGGCGUGGAUAUAGCUUCAUCUUCACGGACAUGGAUAUACUCUGGCUAAGGAACCCAUUAACAAGAUUGAAUGGUGGAGAGGACCUGCAGAUAAGUUGUGACAAUUACAACGGUCAGCCAUUCGACGCUACCUCCAACUUAAUCAACACCGGAUUUUAUUUUAUUUCAUCCAACAGCAGGACUAUAGCUUUGUUUAAUCGGUGGUAUGGUGCGAUGAACAGUUCAUCAGGCAUGAAAGAUCAGGAUGUAUUGCUUAAGAUGAGCUUUGAUGGUGUCUUUGAACAACUGGACAUGAAAGUGAGGUACUUAGACACCGAUUACUUCAGCGGGUUCUGCCAGAAAAGCAAGGACUUCAGAAAAGUGAUCACCGUUCACGCAAACUGUUGCAUCGGCUCAAAUGCGAAGCUCAUCGACCUAAGAGCCUUCUUGGAAGCCUGGAAGAUUCACAAUGGCACAUCAAAUGCUUCUUGGCCUAAACACAAGUCAUGUUUGCUAGCAAAGAACAGAAAGCUGAUCCUUGUAUGAUGAUUACAUGCAUGAAAGAUUGAUAAUUAGUUGUGAGAAA